AUGUCGGGUAGAGGGAAGGGAGGCAAGGGGUUGGGCAAAGGAGGAGCCAAGAGGCACAGGAAGGUGCUGAGGGAUAACAUUCAGGGCAUCACAAAGCCUGCAAUCCGUCGCCUUGCUCGUAGGGGCGGCGUGAAGCGUAUCAGUGGCCUCAUCUAUGAGGAGACACGUGGCGUCCUCAAGAUCUUCCUCGAGAAUGUGAUCCGAGACGCUGUGACCUACACAGAGCACGCCCGGAGGAAGACGGUGACCGCCAUGGAUGUCGUCUAUGCGCUCAAGAGGCAGGGCAGGACUCUGUACGGGUUUGGUGGUUAG